ACAAUGAUGGCGACAUGAGAACCAGGAAGUAAAUGCAUUUCACAAUUUCACUUCCUAAAUUUUAUUGUUUAGCCAAAUCAUGAUGGAAAAUGAUACAGAUGACGACCAGUUCGACUCAAUUUAUGCAAACGAAGAAACAACAGAGUUGAUCAAUGUAAAGGAAAGGUUGCAGAGCUAUAGUUUGGAAGAAUUACUGAAAGAAGAUCGUGAAAAAGUUAAAGAGAAGGAAAAGGAAAAACAGUACUAUCAUGGGCGGAUCACCAGGGAUGUUGCGGAAGAUAUUCUGAAGAAAGAAUUGGGGAAAGUUGGUAACAAGGAUGGCCUGUUCCUUGUGCGAGAGAGCUCUUUCUCUUGUUCCAGUUUUGUACUGUCCCUCUACAGCAAAGGAGUGUUCUACCACUUCCAGAUUAACAUGGUGAAACCCUGCCACUUCAGUAUAGAUGAAGGGCCAACGAUACAUGGCCUGGAUCGCUUGAUACAAAACUAUCAUGAGCAUGCUCAAGGUCUGCCUACACAUCUGACAGUAUUUUCAAAGUGUAAAACUCCACCAGACGACCAGCGACACAGCGGUGCUACAAACCUUCUUCAUAGGGCUGUCUUGGAAAAUAUUCCAGACAUAGUGGAAAAAAUUGUAAAAAGCAAGUUCUGCCCACCAGUGAAUGCAAAAUCAGACUGGGGAACGACUGCUCUUCAUGAUGCUUGUUACUAUGGUUUUGAGGACUGCGCAGAUAUUGUUGUGAGGAACGGUGCGGACGUCAAUGCCCUGGACAAAGAUGGACAGACGGCCUUGCAUAAAUGUUGUAAAGGCAACAAGGCUGGUAUCAUAUCCAUACUGAUCAAUGAGGGGCAGGCAGAUGUAAACAUGAGGAACCCAAAGAGCGGAUGGACCCCCAUGCAUCAAGCAGCUUACAAGGGUCAUCUCGAGUGUAUAAAGAUAUUACUGGACUUUCAUUCACCAUACUUCGCAAGGGCUGACGAUGGGGUCACACCUCUCGAUUUGACGGAAAACUACGAACACAAACAUUGUUUCGACGAAUUAGACAAAUUUGAACCCUCAAAUAUAGUCACACACAAGAAAGAUUGGUUCCAUCCAGAGAUUGACAGAGUGGGUGCACAGAAGAUUUUGGAACUGAAGGGUUUGCGAGAGGGCCUGUUUCUCGUGCGGAGCAGCAAAAAGAACCCAGACUGGCAGGUGCUAACACUUUGUCAUGAGCAGAAAGUCUUCAACUACCAAAUCAAAACAAAGCACUACAGGGACAGGUUGGUGUACUACAUCGACGACGGACCAUACUAUAAGCAAUUAGAUCAUGUGAUCCAGUAUUACAGUUACCAUGCCAACGGCCUGCCAUGUGUCUUGCGUCUCUCAGUAAAUCCUGCCAUGGAGUUAAUACAGAUAUCCAAAGAUGACGAGUACUUCAACCUUCAGGAAUCAAACCACCAACAGUUUCCUAUGCUCAGUACCCCAGCCUUGCCACCGCGCCCUGAUGACAUGACGCCUCGCCCACCCAGUGCUGGUGAUGCCGAGUACAGCCAAUCAGUGAAGAGGACCUCACAGCAGCAGGCCAGAACCCCGCCAACUUCUCCAAAGUUGAAGACUCCUCCCCCACCACCUAACCAUCCCCCUCCCCAGCCUCCUGCUGCCAGUAGACUCUCAGUGGUAGAAUUGAAACGCAUUGAUUUUAAAAGCCUAAAAAGAGGCAAAGAGAUUGGUCAGGGAGAGUUUGGUUCUGUUGAGAAAGGUGUCUACACUUACAAGAAUGACAAGGGGAAGAAGGAGAAAACUGAAGUAGCAAUAAAGGUGUUUCACAAGACAUCUAUAAACAACCAGGAAGAUUUCUUGAAGGAGGCUCGCACCAUGCAGCAGUUGAAGCAUGAAUGUAUCGUUAAUUUUAUCGGCAUCUCUGAGACUGACAACCAUGAACUUCUACUGGUUGAGGAGUUUAUUGAGAAGGGUUCCAUGUUGGACUAUCUGCUGGACCACCAUGACAAGAUCAACAAGGACAACUUGUACCUAUGGGCGGCCCAGAUCGCACUUGGCAUGACAUACCUGGAACAACAGAAAAUGGUGCACCGCGACCUGGCCGCCAGGAAUAUUCUACUGCAGAAUGAGAAAAGGGCAAAGAUAAGUGACUUUGGGCUGUCACGGGCUGUUGGUUCAAACAGUGACUAUUACAAGGCCACCACUGGGGGUCGCUGGCCAAUCAAGUGGUAUGCGCCAGAGUGUGUUAACUACGGGCACUUCUCCCAUGCAAGCGAUGUCUGGAGUUUUGGAAUCACGCUCUGGGAAAUGUUUUCAUUUGGAGAGUCACCGUAUGGGGAUAUGAAAGGCAUAGAGGUGAUUCAGUUCAUUGAAGAGGGAAAAAGGUUAGACAAGCCCGAAAAGUGUCCAGUUGUGGCAUACCAGCAGAUGUUACAAUGUUGGGAAAAGGAACCUAAGAAGAGACCGUCGUUUAAGAUGCUGAACUCUCAUUUUACAGAAGAAAGUGAAUAUGCAUGUGUUCGAGACAUAAUGAAGUCAUAUAGAUGAACAUAACAUUGGCAGAUUUAUUCUGUGGAGUGGCAGAUAAACCAUUUUAAACAUGGAAGAUAAACCAUUUUAAGCCAAACACUAUGGAAUGCAAAUUUUAACCUGUUUAUCAGGGGAGUUAAUUGCAAUAAGUAUAUACGCAUUUACAUUAAAAACAUUAGUUGUAGAGUGAAUUGCCAAAAAUGUGAAGUUCAGAGGGCAAAAUGGGGACCCCAUAGCCGAUGUGUAGCAUUAAAAUUGACCAAGCUGGUUGAACCAUGUAUGAUUAUCUAAUGCUGCCAUUAUAGACGGUAGUUUUUUAUUUUUAUACUCCAGUACGCAUGUCCUGAAUGUAUGACUUACUUUUUGCAAAAUGUACAUAUAUAAUAUUACGUUUUUUACAGCUUUAUGAACUUAUGAAUAGUUGAAUUAUUGUUAUUAAUCAGAGAAAACUAUGGUUUAAUGGUAUUUGCCGCCAGAAGCCAUCAUUGUGAUGCUUAUAUUGCAAAAAUUUAUAAUGAGAGCUGAUUAAGUUGAGGAUUUAUCUGAAAUAAGGGUUUGGAGCAGUCAAUUUCAGACUGGUGUGCAGUUGUUAUGUUAGUGUUUUACUGGGCAUUUGCAUGAAAAAUGGUAAUAAGUACCUUGAAAUGGAUCUAAAAGCUUUGGAACAUUUGUACAGGUUUCAGGGUGCCUUGACUCUGCUUCAGGCCUGAAUUCUUCAUACUCAAACUCAAUUUUAAGAAUUGCAAUACAAUCGACCCCCGUUGACUAACUCCCAGGGACCAACGAAAAUACCUCGAGCCUCAGAAAAUUCAAGAUAAGCUUACUUCAAGUUUAUCAAAAUCAGUACUUGACAUUGAGAUCGAGCCAAAGAGAAAUUCGAGCCAAGCAAGUUUGUGCCAACCGGGUUCCACUGUAUUUAUAGUCUUUUAUCAUCCUUGAUGCAUUUAUAUAAUUCUAUAUAUAUAUAUUAUAGUGCUAUGAAAUGGCCAUGUCUCUGAUUCAGUGUGAACUGUUAAAUGAAUGGCCUCGAAGACAUUUACUUGUCACUUGAUAACCCUGGACACAAAGCAAUACAAUUGGACUAGGUAUUUUAUUUAUUUAUGGUGGUUGUCACCCGAUUGAAAGGGAUAUUUUGAUGCUGUUUCGAGGAAAGAGAACAUGGUGAAGCUGUAUCUCAUGCAACAUUGAAUCAUGUCCAAAUAUUUGAAGCCCUCGUUGUUGUUGAUUUAAAUAGUUCAGAUAUAUUUAUAGUUACACCAUAUUGCCAAUGACUUUUAAACCACUUAGUAUACAAGAGCUUGAUAAAAUUUCUCUUCAUAUCCGCUGGUGCUAUACUGUCUAUGAAGAAAGAGAAAUGAAGGCAUUGUAUAUGCAUGAUGUAGUAAAUAGGUUAACCUGUAAAUUUGUUAUCGUUCAUAUUUUGAAUGUUAAGGAACAAAGCCCCGUGCUUGCCACGCUCGCUUGUGUUAUAUUCCAUAGAAUUCUUAUGGUAAAUGUGAGAUACAUCAAGAUAUACAACGAUGCCAUCAGUUUGUUAGUGUUUUAAUAUAGUUUAUAUUAUAGCUUUAAGUAAUAAUUUCCAUAAAAAAAAUCUUUUUACAAAAUUCAUGAUAAUUAUGUCCAAAGAUGUUAUGUUCACGAAAUAAGUUAUAUAACGAUAAUUGCAUUUCCAGUCGCUAAGAUAUAUAUAUAUAUCAUAGAACGCAACUGGAAGAACGUCACUUUCAGUUACGCUUGUGGGUUUGUACAUAAAAAAACAGCACUUUCUUCUAGUGUAUGUCACUUUUUAUAGAUUGUCACGUGACGUCAUCUCGACCAAUAAAAAGGACUGAAAUAUACCAAUCAUAUAUUUAUAUCAUAACAUAAUGUUUACUGUAAAACACUAUUGUGCUUAUUAAAACUGUUUAUAUCUAUGAAGUACUUUUGAGUUAUAUGAUAUUGUGCAAUUUCUAACCACCAAUGAUUCUACAGUCAGUUUGUAAGAUACAAAACUAAGUAAAUAUUUUGGUAUUGUGAAACAAUUUAUGGAAUGAGUUUUGGUGCAUCAAGUUUAUUUGAUCUUAAAUAUUUUGUUUUUGUUCUUUCAACUCUACUGGCCAAAUGCCAGAAGAGCUUAUGCCAUGGUGUAGUGUCCGUCGUCCCGUCGUCCAUCCGUGCGUGCAUAAAUCUGUAAGCAAUUGCUUGUGAACGUGAUUAAGUAUCCAGUUUUGAUAUUUUGACAGCAUUCAGGGUUCGAAUUUAGACUCGCAUACUCGCAAAAUGCGAGCGAUAUCUGCAAAUUGUGAGUGACUUUUAUUCAAGCUCGCAAAAUUCUGCGAGUGGCUUUUGUUAGACAACAAAUUGUUAAAACGAAAGUAGAAUAAACAUGAACCUGUAGUGAAGUGUGAUCAGAUCUGUCAGUACACUACCAGUAUAGAGUGGGUUUUAUGGAGUCACGCUCUAAGUUUUCAAAAAUAGAACUAGUACGGAAAAAGCCGAGUGUAAUCUCAAAUCUAUCCGGGAUGCUCCGAGGCGUGCCAAAUACAAAGUGAAUACUAAUGAUUUAAUCACCUAGCUCAAUCAUUGGCUGAAUUUAACGCUUUCGCGCAUUAUAUGUAAAUCCAAUCAACCUUUAAAUAUAUCUGCCCAACUGUCAAAGUGAACAAUGUCAAUGGACAGCUUAAUUGUUAUCAAAAAGCGGCCAGCAUCCGAUGAGUCAUCCAUACCCCUAAAAAAGAAUAAGCCAUCAACAAGUUCUAGUAGUCGAGUCACUCAAGAUUGAUACUUUUUAAUAUUCAUAAUAUGUCUUAGGUGUAAAUAUCUACUUUAAUUAGACAAUAUUAUAGGGGAAUAUAGCAAGUAAUAAAAUUGCGAGUUGAUUUUCAUUAUGCGAGUUGCCUAAAAAAACUCGCAAAAUUUUGCGAGUGGUCUUCAAAGUUAAAUUCGAACCCUGAGCAUCUUUUUCAAACUUAUACAAUAGCAAGAUAUCCAUAACCCAUACAUGAAUGCUCUGGAUUGAAAAUGACAGAAGAGUCAUGUCAGUAGAGCAUUGGCUCUCAUGGACCUCUUGUUUAUCUUUUAUUUACACGGUAAAGCUAGUAUAAGUAUACGGUUUAUGUAUGUGUUAAUCAAAAUUGAGAUAUUUGCUUUUAAUUGUAGCACGGACCUAUAAAGUCCGUGGUUGAUAUUUUUUAUCAAAUCUGUGGUGCUCUUAUUAUGGCGAAGGAAACUGGAGUCAUCUCAUUAACGAUCGAAGUACAAAACAUCUGAGUUCAAUGAUUAUAGAGUGACACAAUUUUAAAUUGAAAAUAUUAAGAUGAAGAAUAAAGUUGUUAUUUUUUGUUGUUGUUUUUUAAAAAGCUAGUAUACCUAAUCAGAUAUAUUACUUCAAAAAAAAAAACGAUCACAUAAUAUUUGCAUUGAUAAGAUUGCCUUAACCCGAAAUUUUGUUGAAAAAAAGAAAAAUAAAACAACAAAAGAAUAUUUUAGUAUUUUUCUACUGAUUUAUUAUUUAACUCUUAUGAAUUUUCAUCAUUUACCUUUCUAUAUUUAAAGAUAUUAAUUUGGAAAUAAAAAUAUAAUCAUAGUCAUAAUAUUUCAAAUGAUGAAAAAUUUAUGAGCAUUAAAGCGAUCACUUCUCCUUAAUUGUACUUAAUGUAAAUUGUUCUUCUGAAAGUCAUGAAAGUUGGACAUGAAUGGAAACCAAUUACCAUAUUAACCAAUACAGUUUUUUCAUAAUUGAUUUCAGUGAUCUUAACUUUUCUAUUAACUAUUACAAAUAAUAAAAACAUAAAAAGUGA